AUGGUUCGCCAUUUGCACGAUUCCAACCGGAAAAUGCCAUUGGAAGGCGAUAGUCAGUUUAAACAACUUAAAAAAGUAUACGAAGACGCCAAUGAAAUGGCGGGUAAAACUUUGGGGGUUGUAGGCUUGGGACGUAUUGGCAUUGAAACCAUUAAAAUUGGCAUUGGAUUGGGUAUGAAUGUGAUUGCCUAUGAUAAGUUCAUUCCCACCAAAGAUAUACAACUGAAUUUCUUUGAUGGUCAAUCGCUUACAUUCCAUAUUAAAUCGGUGGAUUCAUUGGAAACCAUUUACAAACAAUCGGAUUUUAUCUCGUUCCACGUACCCGCCCAAGAUGGAUAUUUGGUGGGCGAGGCCGAAUUUAAAAUGAUGAAAAACGGUGCCAUGAUUGUGAAUGCCGCCCGUGGUGGGGUGAUUGACGAAAAAGCAUUGGUGAAGGCCUUAGACGCAGGU